AUGAUCAAUAUUGAUGUGAAUGAUAUUAACGAAUACAUAAAAGACAACACACCACAUCCAUUAAUAGUUUCUGGACCAAGUGGUUGCGGGAAGAGUGUAUUUAUAUCCAAGAUAGCCGAAAAUAUUCAUAGAUGGAAACCGGAAGUAAAUUUGAUAUUAAGAUAUGCAAACUUGACAGCUCGCUCUUCUGAUUUGGUUUCAAUGCUUGGUUCAAUUGCCUAUCAGAUGUCAGUACUGGCAUAUGGACAUCAAAUCAGGGUGGAACAUACACUGGAAAGCUACUCUAAAGUAAUACAUGAUAUAAUAUCUCUGAACAAAUGCGUAUUUGUUAUAAUAAUUGAUUCGGUGGAUGAUAUUAUAUAUGAUACCAACAUAAACUGGCUGCCAUUGAAAUUAAGCCUCACGUGCAAAAUAAUUUUAACAUUGACCGAGAACAACAAUGAGAAAACUUCCAUUAUAAACACAUUGGGAGACGCUGGAAUUCCCCACAAGUGUUUUAUUAAAAUGAAGCAAUUUAGUUCACGACAAUGGCAAGAUAUUCUCAGUUCGGGAGGUGGGGAAUUUUAUGCGGCCAACGGAGCCAUUAAAAUGCCAGAUGAGUGGAAAAUGUUGAAUGGGAAGACUCCUUUUCAUGCGAAAUCAUUGUGGUGGCUUGCAUGGCUUGGUCAUACAUCUGUUGUUAUAGCAAAUAUUACGGAAAUGGUGGAUAAGAUGUUGGAAGUAUUCGAAUCCAAGUUCCCGAAUGAUUACGCCGAAAUAUUAAUGCUGAUAAUAUCCCUGUCGCAGUGGGGCAUAAGAGAGAGUGAUUGUGUUGAAAUUUUCCAGAGAACCGCACAAUUGGACGCACAUGCCGCGUUUCGAAUAUGGUCGAAAUUUUGUUGGCUAUUGGGUCCCAUGCUAUUAACUGUACGAAACAUUCGAAUAGCGGACAAAGAAUUUCGCAACGUCAUUAUGCACAAGUACAAACAUAAGCACGCACACGUACAUCAAAGCAUUCGCGAAUUUUACGACAGACAAGAAAACCUCUUCACUAAUCCAAAUGACAUAAUUCCUAUCUAUAAUGCAGAGAAAUAUUUGAAGUUGCCUUAUCACCAUUUUUGUAACGUUAUGGAGGAUCACACUGGACUAAACAAAGUAGAAAUCCUUUUCCAUUGUUAUUAUUUUACCGAACUCCAAUGGAUGGCGGAUAAGGUUAAUGCAACCGGAGCUGCCCAUCUGAUGAGCGACGUUUUAAUUUGCGAACAGCUGGCGAACUUACAAAACCAACCAUAUAUUCAUAUACGUGUAUUGAAGGACUUUCUAUGUCAAUAUAUGUUUGAAUUGAAUUACGAUGGUCAACAAUUUUUUACGCUAAUAAAGUUCUACAUGAAAUCACGAAUCCGUGAAGAUGCAUCGUUGAAGGAUGACCAAAUAAUACGAUCUUGGCUUGAAACCACACACGAAUUAGAGGUUCCGUUCCUAGACAUUAUUAAUAAAUCUGUAGGCGAAGAACUUGACAGCGGCAAAACAAGUUACGAUGCUUUGGUCAAUUUGCCACAUCAGGGAUUUUUUAUAGCUUCCAUAAGCACAGAUAGGGAAGAAAUUUGCGUGUGGGAUAUUCGAAACUGUACUCGUGUUCGCAUCUUGCGAGGAAUUUCACAACCAACUGCAAUGUGUCCUUUUGGUGCCUAUAAUGCCGCUGUGUUAUGCAGGAGAGAAAUAAAAGUGAUCAAUUUGGAUGAAGGAAAAUUUAAGGUUACGUUGAAAGGUGUAAUGAAUCAAAAAAUGCCGUAUUUUGGCCUCCAUGAUCAAAAUCAUCUUGUGUGUCUAUCACGAAACAGAAUGUAUGUGAAUUUAAUGAAUCUAGAGUCUGGAGAUUGCGUAACCACAUUCAAAGCUGGCGAAGAUCGUUUUCUAAACUCAUUACUAGUUUCGGGAGAUGGCAGAAUAUUGGUCUGUGGAGAUGAAACCCAAAAACCAUUCCCGUUACUUGUGUGGCAUUUAUCACAACGCAAAUUGCUGUACGAUUUGCGUAUUCCUCACCACGAUUUUAUAACUUCUCUGUCGGCCAUUACACAUGAAGGUUCAUAUGUGUGUGUUGUGGCAAAGGAAUUGAAUGAACCCACGCCGAAUUUUAUUGUUGUAUAUGAUUUACAAAGUGGAACGCUUUUUAAAAAAUGGAAACCUACGUGUAAUACCACAUCAUUGGCGAUAUCACAGACAAACGCUUGUGUUAUUGCAGGACUCGAAGACGCAAAAAUACUCAUAUGGGAUCUGGUUACCGGCAAUUGCAGAUCUACGUUAAUAGGACACAAUGCUCCUGUUACCACUCUGAAAUUGGAUCCAAUGUGCAAGGUUAUUCUUUCAACAGACAAGGAAGGCCGAGAUAAUGCUCUACGCUUGUGGGAAUUGCAAACAGGUACAUUAAUUGAUUAA